AUGUAAAAAUAGUGUUAUUGUGAAUAAUAAAAUUCAUUAGAUAGUUUUUCUUGUAUAAAUUGUAAAAGAUAAAGCCAUUGGCCAUGCUAUGAUUAUUAGAUAACAGAUAAAUAACCAUUAGAAUAAAGAUGUGUAGAUUGCACAUUUCAAGCAAGCAAUCCAUUUAAAUAAAUUGAAGUACAUUAAAUAAUUAAUUAAAAAGCAUUAUGUUAGAUUCAAUAACAAAAAGAAUAAAAUCUUUUAGAUUGGAAAAACAGUUUAAGAACAAUAAUUUAUGUUUACUUUUGAAGUGAACAAAUAUUAUGAUGAUAUCAAAAAGAAUUAGAUUAUCCUUUCAAUAUUUUGUAUAAAGAUGAAAGAAUAAAAAUAAUUGUUUGUUUGGCCUAGUAAUAAUAUAGAAAUAUGGGUUAAUGAAAAAUAUUAGAUAAAAUAUCACGAGACUGAUUUUGCUUAUGUGUAUUAUAAUUGUAAUUAUUCUAGGUCUCCUAAUCAUAUAGUUACAGGAUAAAAUUGUAUUAAACUUAUUUUCAAGGAUAAGAAUGAGUUCAAUUCAUUGUUUGGAAUUGUGCUGGUCAAAAAUAUUGAAUGGCAAGAUGUAAAAUAAAAAAUAAUAAAUGGUGAUAAAGAUUAGAUAGAAUAAAUUAUAACUUAAUAAAAAGUUUUAUAUUUCGAUAAAAUAAAUAAACCAAAUGAAAAUUAGGAAGAAUGUAUUGAUAUUUAAGUUUAAUCAAACUUAUCUAUUAAUUUAUUAGAUCCUUUUACAUCAUAACAAUUGUAAUUGCCAGCUAGAGGCAAACAUUGUUCACAUAUUAAUUGUUUUGAUUUAAAUUCCUUUUUAAUUUUUAAUUCUUAACCAAAUAAAAGUAGAUGGUCAUGUCCAUAUUGUCAUUUGAUAACUACAUAUGAUUAAAUAUAAAUAGAUUAUUUAUAAGUUAGACUAUUACAGGAUAUUAAAAUUGAUCAUCCAAAUAUUUAUUAUAAAAUUUAAAGAGUAAUAUUAAAUCAAAAAUUUCAAUAUUAAAUAGAUCCAAAAUCAUAGAUUGAACAUAUUUAAAGUAAAUAAUCAAUUUUAAACUCUUAAAAUUUAACAUAACUUAUAAAAAUAAAUAAUAAAACUUUUGAUUUUGAAAAUCAUUAAAUAUAAUUUGAAAUAGUAGAACUUUAAAAAAGAAAUAAUUAUACAUCUUCUUAUAUUACUUUUAAAUCUGCUAAGAAAUUAAUAUAAAAAAUAAAAUAAAAAGAAUUAUUAAAAAAUAUAGUCAGAGAUGCCACAGAAUUGGUUAAUNUAAGAAUAUAUUAUAAUUCUAUUUAUUAUUAAUAAAUGUAAAAAUAGUGUUAUUGUGAAUAAUAAAAUUCAUUAGAUAGUUUUUCUUGUAUAAAUUGUAAAAGAUAAAGCCAUUGGCCAUGCUAUGAUUAUUAGAUAACAGAUAAAUAACCAUUAGAAUAAAGAUGUGUAGAUUGCACAUUUCAAGCAAGCAAUCCAUUUAAAUAAAUUGAAGUACAUUAAAUAAUUAAUUAAAAAGCAUUAUGUUAGAUUCAAUAACAAAAAGAAUAAAAUCUUUUAGAUUGGAAAAACAGUUUAAGAACAAUAAUUUAUGUUUACUUUUGAAGUGAACAAAUAUUAUGAUGAUAUCAAAAAGAAUUAGAUUAUCCUUUCAAUAUUUUGUAUAAAGAUGAAAGAAUAAAAAUAAUUGUUUGUUUGGCCUAGUAAUAAUAUAGAAAUAUGGGUUAAUGAAAAAUAUUAGAUAAAAUAUCACGAGACUGAUUUUGCUUAUGUGUAUUAUAAUUGUAAUUAUUCUAGGUCUCCUAAUCAUAUAGUUACAGGAUAAAAUUGUAUUAAACUUAUUUUCAAGGAUAAGAAUGAGUUCAAUUCAUUGUUUGGAAUUGUGCUGGUCAAAAAUAUUGAAUGGCAAGAUGUAAAAUAAAAAAUAAUAAAUGGUGAUAAAGAUUAGAUAGAAUAAAUUAUAACUUAAUAAAAAGUUUUAUAUUUCGAUAAAAUAAAUAAACCAAAUGAAAAUUAGGAAGAAUGUAUUGAUAUUUAAGUUUAAUCAAACUUAUCUAUUAAUUUAUUAGAUCCUUUUACAUCAUAACAAUUGUAAUUGCCAGCUAGAGGCAAACAUUGUUCACAUAUUAAUUGUUUUGAUUUAAAUUCCUUUUUAAUUUUUAAUUCUUAACCAAAUAAAAGUAGAUGGUCAUGUCCAUAUUGUCAUUUGAUAACUACAUAUGAUUAAAUAUAAAUAGAUUAUUUAUAAGUUAGACUAUUACAGGAUAUUAAAAUUGAUCAUCCAAAUAUUUAUUAUAAAAUUUAAAGAGUAAUAUUAAAUCAAAAAUUUCAAUAUUAAAUAGAUCCAAAAUCAUAGAUUGAACAUAUUUAAAGUAAAUAAUCAAUUUUAAACUCUUAAAAUUUAACAUAACUUAUAAAAAUAAAUAAUAAAACUUUUGAUUUUGAAAAUCAUUAAAUAUAAUUUGAAAUAGUAGAACUUUAAAAAAGAAAUAAUUAUACAUCUUCUUAUAUUACUUUUAAAUCUGCUAAGAAAUUAAUAUAAAAAAUAAAAUAAAAAGAAUUAUUAAAAAAUAUAGUCAGAGAUGCCACAGAAUUGGUUAAUUAUUUUUGUAAUUUAUUUGAUAUCAAAUAAUAUGAUAAAUUUAAUAUUUUUGAUAGCUAAAUAGAUAUGCAAUUUUUAGAGUCUCAAUAAGAUUUUGAAUUGAUUUGCAAAGCUAUAUAUGAAAAAACAGUAGGUGGAUUAUUUAUUUAUUUUAUUAGAUUUUCAAAUCCUUCUCUAAAAAUAUUAGCUUAAGCAAUUAUGUAAUUUUGCUCUCAUCUUAAAUUAUAACUUAAAUCAAACUACCAAAAAAAAAUGCUUGAGUUAUUUUUAGCUGCUUCUUAUGAUAAAAAUGAAAGAACUUCAUAAGGAUAUAAUUUCAAAGUGAUUUGUAGUUUAUGUAAAGUUUCAAGUGAUGAAUAUACUAAUCAUCUCUUUUACUUAUCACAAAAGUUAAAAACAAUAUUUUAUAAUAUUAAUACAAGUAGUUUAUUUAUAGUUCGAAAUUGUAUCAAUUUAAGUCAUAUGUUUGAUUAAGAUUGUAUUUUUAAUAAGAUAAGAGUUGAUUAGAAUAUAUAUGAGGCAUCAAUAGAAAGCAUUAAGGAAAUUUAUAGUAUUUAAAUACUUAAAGAACUGCCUUUUGUGUCAGAUAUACUUGCAUUAUUAUUAUAUUUAUUGUAUAAAAGUAAUAAAUAUAAUUUAAUUAAUAGAAGAUAAGAUUUAUGAGAAUAUAUUUAAUUAAUUUAAUGAUUAUAAUUUAGGAAAUGUGAAGAAGAAAUUUAAGAAUUUAGAAUAUAAAAAUGAUUUUUGUUAUUUAUGA